AUGGCGCCCACCAACCGUCCAGUCGAGCAAUCACCCGCUCAGGCCUCCUUGGGAAGCUCCAAGAACCAGUCGGCUCCUCAAAUCAACAAGUUGCCUAAACUACCUGAAGGCUUCAAGAUUCAGAAACGCGCGUUGCCCAGACGCCAACAACCCGCCUCUUCCAAGUCCCACCUCGUCUACGUCUCAACGUCAACUCCCUUCAUGGCCAUCGUCAACCGCGUCCGCAAGCGGCUCGACAAGUCCCUGCAGGGUCGCGCCCCAUCGACCCGCGGCAUGAAUCUGGCGCAGCGCGUCGAGAUGCUCCACCGCGACGGCGGCACGCGCGGCGGCAAUGCCGAUGGCUCGGCCAAGUGCGAGGUCAUCGUCUUGGGGACGGGCAAGGCGGUCGAGAAGACCCUCCAGGUCGCCAGCUGGUUUAUGGCCCAGGGCGACUGUCUUGUCCAAGUCCGCACCAAGACGGUCGGGACGGUGGAUGAUGUCGUCGUUGAGGGUGACGAGUUUGGUGGAGACGACGCCCGCGUGAGGAAGAUGAGCUGUCUUGAAGUUGUUGUGACUCUUAAGUGA